GUCGUUCGGUCGCGAUCCCCGUUUGAACCGCAAUUAGUGGGCGAUUUUUUUUUUCGGCGAAAAAUCCCCGGCUCCAGCCUGGUGGUCGGUUCCGUGGCUGUCUCGAUUUCCGGUCGGUCGCUGCGAAAAGAAAUCGGUUUCGAUAAGUAAACAAAGUUGUGGUGUGCAGUGUUUUUUCGGAUCGACGUUGUUGCUGCUUUGUUGUGUUGCGGUGGUUCGAUUGUUUUGACCAAUAUACCAGUUUCGGCCGUCUGGACAUGUGAAUAUUGUCUCGUGCGGCCCGAAAAAAAUUAUUCUAAUUAAAAAAAAUAAGAUGGACUCGGAUGUGUCGGUGCGGGAAACGAAAAAAAUGAGGGUGCAACCUGAACAGAUCAAGCAAAGCCAAAAGAACGGGUCGUCGUCGACCGGCUCGUCGUCGGACGACAGCGAUCCAGAGCAGAAUCUCGCCAAGAACAUCCACUACAACACCGUCUCGUCCAUCCAGGAACUGAUGCCGCAGGACGCCAACAACUUUUUCCAACGCUACUUCCAGAACCACAGCAACAGCCUGCCCUCCCGCCUGGCGGUCAACUCCCGCAGGCUGUCCCAAUGCCGCGAGGAGGACGAGGAGGAGGAAAAGAAAGACGUGCCUUCUAAAAAUUUAGCCGCCAUCUCGGGCAGCGACAAAAGUCUGUCGGAAUCCUCGAGCGGUUCCAAAACGUCUGUGAUCGACACCGUAACGGGGCCACAACAUAAAUUCGUGAUAACCAAAGCUAAACCCGACAAUGUAGAUAGCAAAGCCGAGGCCAAAGAGGACGGGCCCAAGAAGCAGCCCUCGGAGGCCGCCAAAAUUUUCGCCAGCCGCAAACAGUACCGCCAGGCGAACACGGUGCACGGCGUGCCCUCCGUGUCCAACAGGCCGUCCGUUUACUCCGUGUUCUCCAGGUCCCCGUUGAUUAGUCCCCACAAGGACUCCAAGUUCUUCGACUCGUCUUUGAUAGAGAUGAAGAGCCAGACCUCCAGCAGCAGUACCAUCGAUUACGGGAGCACCGAGGACAUCUGGGUCAGGAGGCCCGAUGCAGAAAUCAAAAAGGAACUAGGUUCUCAGCCGCUGCCCACGACCUCCGAGGAUGCGGAGGGCGGACUGCCGAGACCGCGGUCCGGCACCUGGGGCAGCAAGUCCGACUCGAAGCACAAGGACAAGGACGGCAAACACAAGCAGGCCGCCGUCCCAUCGAAGGAGAAGCACAAGUCGAAGCACGACAGCAAGGCGGAGGCGAAGAAGAAAAAGGACAAGGACAAGCACGGGACGCGGAGCGGCAGCACGUCCCGCUCGAACUCGGCCGAGCGUCGGAAGUCCGACGACGUGCAGAGCCCGAAGAAGGCGGGACUGCUGGACGGGUUCCGCAGCAGGUCCAACUCGGACGCCAGCAAGAAGAAGGGCAGCGCUUUUAUGGCUUCGAUGAAGAGUGCCAUGCUGCACACAGGGCUGAUGCAUGCGAAACCGAAGGCGCCAAGAGACGGAUCCGCCCAUCCGGUCCGUGAUGGUAAUUCCGACACGCAAUAUUACCACACGGUGACGGCGGCAUCGUCCAGUCGGAGUCCCAUCACCAAAGUCAUGGACAUCUUCAGGAAUCGGCCGCACGCCAUGCCACCAGAGGACCGAAGGAAGAAAGCGCAACACUUCACUGGAGCCCACAUCAGACAAAGAUCGUUGGAUCCUGAAAGGCGACGUCAGUCGCUCGGUACCAUUCUGCCGCACAGAGCGUCGGACGCCUUCUUGGAUCCCCAUCACGCUGCCAUCUUAUUCAGAGAUUCCCGAGGGCUGCCCGUGGCCGAUCCAUUCCUGGAGAAAGUUAACAUCUCUGAUUUAGAAGAGGAUGAGUCGCAGAUAUUCGUCAAGUUCUUCAAGUUUCACAAGUGUUAUGAUCUCAUCCCGACUUCAGCCAAAUUGGUUGUGUUCGACACUCAACUACUGGUCAAAAAGGCCUUUUUUGCUCUUGUAUAUAACGGGGUUCGAGCAGCACCGUUGUGGGACAGCAACAAGCAGGAGUUCGUGGGCAUGCUGACGAUCACCGACUUCAUCAAGAUCCUGCGGAUGUACUACAAGUCACCCAGUGUGGCCAUGGAGGAGCUGGAGGAGCACAAGCUCGACGCCUGGCGACAAGUGCUGAAGGACAAGAAGCCCUUGGUCAACAUCAGUCCAGAUGCGUCGCUCUACGACGCCAUUAAAACGCUGGUCAACAACAGGAUCCACAGAUUGCCGGUCAUUGAUCCGGACACCGGGAAUGUCCUCUACAUUCUCACCCACAAGCGGAUCCUGAGGUUCCUCUUCUUGUAUAUAAAUGAACUACCAAAACCCAGUUACAUGAAUAAGACCUUGAGGGAAGUCAAAAUAGGCACGUACGAUGAUAUCGAAACAGCCACAGAAGACACUUCAAUAAUUUUAGCUCUGAAGAAGUUCGUGGAGAGGCGAGUCUCGGCCCUCCCCAUCGUGGACCCAGACGGUCGACUUGUUGAUAUUUAUGCCAAAUUUGAUGUAAUAAAUUUAGCUGCGGAGAAGACCUACAAUGACCUGGAUGUCUCGUUAAAGAAGGCCAACGAGCACAGGAACGAGUGGUUCGAGGGCGUCCACAAGUGCAAGCUGGAUGAGACGUUGUUUGCCAUCAUGGAGAAAAUCGUCAGAGCUGAGGUGCACAGGCUUGUCGUCGUGGACGACGAGGACAAAGUCAUAGGAAUCAUUUCUUUGUCAGAUCUGCUUUUAUACUUGGUCUUGAGGCCAAGUGGAGACGACCAAUCUCCGGAUGGUGUUGCGUCAGUGAGAGCUCAGGACUUGGAACUCCAGAAGAGCCUGUCGGUGUCGGGGAGGACCUCGUCGAACGAAGACAUUUCGCAAGCCAUUCCCGAGGAGGAGGAGCACGUCGAGGAGGACGCGCAGAAGAACGCGCGCGACGACGACGACGCCAAAGAAGACAAGGACGAGUCCGAGAUGAGCAUGCCAGACUCGCCGGUGAUGCAGAACAACAGUCUGCCCGUCGAUAACGCCAUGUUCCGUGAGGUCACCGUAACGGGCGGCGAUUGAUGAGAUGGAUUUAGUGAUGUGGUCCACGAGCAAUGUCGAGACGAGUGCGAGCAUGAUUGUCAAUGUAACGAGUCAUAUAUGUAAUGUUAAAUAAAACCAUUUUAGUACAAUCCACAUCACUAAAUCGAUGAGUGAUUUAUCAUUUUUUUGGUGAUUAAGAACAAUGCGGGUUCGUAUAAAUGUAAACUGAACUAAUUUUACUGGAUUGUUUCUUAAUUUGUUUUAUUUUAUGGCAUUGUUCUAAUUUCGUUUGGUCUUUGACACGUUGCGGUCAGUUUUAUAGACUCAGGUGAAUAAUUUGAUGUUUUUACAGGUUUUUUUUUAAGAGUGUGAUAUUGUUUUAUUAAACUGAUCGCCACCCUAGUAGUUUUUAUACCACUCUUGGGGCAAUACUUUGUAAAUAGUGCAGUACCUAAAGUGUAGUGGUGAUAGCUUCCAAGUCUUGCUUAUUAUAACUAAUAUUGUAUGGUAUUCUAUUAAAAGUUAAUAAAUAUUUAGUACUUAUGCCACUUGAUAAUAGCGUUUGUUAAAAUUUGUAAGUCUAGUCAUAACUAUUCUUGUCUUUAAACGAAUCGAUGCAUGCAUGUUGCCUGCUGCGAAUAUACAAUGCAAUACAUGCUGUUCUAAAACCCAAAUCCCUAAAAUCGAUAUUUUUAUACGGUAGUGCUUUCCUUAUUCUAAAGUUAAGCUGUUGAAAGUGUAAAAUAUGUAAAUAGCGAGGAAGGAGAAAUGUUACGGUGCCAUAAAGUUGUUUUUUAAUUGUGUAAUGUCCUGAAGAAGGUAAAAACGGACAUUGAGAUAAGUUUUGUACUUAAUAAAUUAUACCAAAGACUGCUUCUGAAUAAUAUGACACUUUGCAAGAAACAAUUCAGUUAAUAAUUAUUAACUCAAGAUGUGCUUUAUUUAUUUAUAUGUAUAUUUACUCUUGAAAGUCAUGUAUUAUAUAUUAUUAAACAUGCUGCAACUGGAUAAAUAAUAGUUAAACAAAAACCCUUUCAAUGAAUAUUUAGUGAGUGUUUGUAUUGAUCAGGAAUGACCUAUGAUUUGACUAAAUUUAAAUCUACAUUACCGAAAAAUUUCGAUACUGAAAGUAAUGAAUACAAAAUUCUGACAAACACAACAAUAUUAAUAACGAUUUGCCUUAUACAAAAUCAGAUGUUGUAUUUGAUAUUUUCAAUUGUAUUUAUUGUUCAAGCAUAAUAUUUUUAGUUUUUUAAGCAAACACUUCAGGGUUCACUUUAAUUAUUUGUAAAUAAGAAUAGCUGACAAUAUAAAAAUACAGAAUAAAAAAAGCAAGAACUCCAAUCAGGUGUAUUAUAUGUGAGAUAAGUAUGAAAAUGCACAGUUUAUAAAGUUUUAUAUAAGUAAUGAAUACAAUAUGUAAAUAAUCUUAGAUAACGUUUAUUAUUGAACCAGUUGGAAUUCAAAAAUUGGUAUUUAUAAGAGUUAUUAAAUUAGUGUUAAGAUGUACAACGAUGUAGUUUCAUAGUUGUAAGGCAUUGAGGCCUAGCGUGAGUUUAAAUUAAUACCUAUUACAUAUUUAAGUAAAAAAUAGUAGGUCAA